AUGAGAACAUACGACGACGUCUUCUCGGGACAGAGGAUCUACCCUGGCAAGGGUAAGGUCUACGUCCGCGGUGACUCCAAGGUUUUCCGCUUCCAGAGCGGCAAGUCUGAGUCGCUAUUCCUCCAGCGCAAGAACCCCCGCCGUAUCGCCUGGACUCGUGGCAUCGUCGGUGCUUCCCUCGAUGUGAUCAAGGAGAAGCGCUCGCAGCGUCCCGAGGCCCGCUCCGCGGCCCGCCAGCAGGCCAUCAAGGACUCCAAGGAGAAGAAGGCCGCCUCCCAGGCUGCCAAGAAGGCCGACAAGGCCAAGAACGCCGCCGCUUCCAAGGGCCAGACCGUGAGGGGUGUCAGCAAGCAGGGUGCUAAGGGUGCUGCCCCCAAGCCCACCGCCCGCACCCGCUAA